CCCACAACAACAUCAACCAAAUCACCGAAAUUCUCCUUGGGGAGACCAAGGCGUAUGUAUUCUUUGAACGGAGCUAUGGGGACAUGCAUUCCUUUGUGCGAACCUGCAAGAAGCUGAAGGAGGAGGAAGCCGCCAAACUUUUCUACCAGAUCGCAUCUGCAGUCGCUCAUUGUCAUGACGGGGGACUGGUCCUUCGGGACCUCAAGCUUCGAAAGUUCAUCUUCAAGGAUGAGGAAAGGACCAGAGUAAAACUCGAGAGCCUAGAAGACGCGUACAUUCUCCGCGGCGGCGACGACUCCUUGUCCGACAAGCACGGCUGCCCGGCCUACGUGAGUCCGGAGAUCCUGAACACCAACGGCAGCUACUCGGGCAAAGCGGCGGACGUUUGGAGCCUGGGGGUCAUGCUGUACACCAUGCUGGUGGGACGCUAUCCUUUCCACGACAUCGAGCCCAGCUCCCUCUUCAGCAAGAUCCGGCGCGGCCAGUUCAACAUUCCAGAGACGCUGUCGCCCAAGGCGAAAUGCCUCAUCCGUAGCAUCCUGCGGCGGGAGCCCUCCGAGCGGCUAACCUCACAGGAAAUUCUGGACCAUCCUUGGUUUUCGACAGAUUUUAACGUCUCGAAUUCGGGAUAUGGUGCUAAGGAAGUAUCUGACCAGCUGGUGCCGGACGUCAACAUGGAGGAAGAUUUGGACCCUUUUUUUAAUUGAGCGCACUUCAAGACUCAGUUUCCAAGGUACGCAGUCACAUGAAGGAUCCCUCCUUGACUGAGUUCUACCUACCACCCGCAUCGGCCUAGCUUGGUAGCAAAAGAGGGACUCGCUCACGAGCUCCUGGGUGCCAGGAAGGAAGAUCCGCCCAGAGA